AUGCCUCCUCAAAAAAAAUUAAGAAAACAUUUGAAAAAGAUAUCAUCAAUAGGUGUUGCAAGUUGCAGAUUAAAAAAAAAAUAUAAUAAAGAUUUGCCUAAAUCUCAAGUUAUUGAAAUUUUGAAGUCUAUGAGCUCCAACGAACUCCAUGAAAUCAUCCAUGAAAUUAGCUCUAAUGAAUUUCAAGAAAUUUUCCAUUCAAAUGGAUCCCAAGAAAUUAUUUGUGAAAUGAAUUCUGAUGAACUACAGGAAACAAUCCAUGAAAUUAAUUUUGAUGAACCUCAAGAAACCAUCCAUGAAAUUAACUCUAAUGAAUUUCAAGAAAUUAUCCAUUCAAAUGUAUCUCAAGAAAUUAUUUGUGAAAUGAAUUCUGAUGAACUACAGGAAACAAUCCAUGAAAUUAAUUUUGAUGAACCUCAAGAAACCAUCCAUAAAAUUAAUACUCUUAUUCCACAAAAUAAAAUAGAAAAAAGGAGGAAUGAGCUUAUUGAGCAUGUAAAAAACUUGCCUGAGAGCCAGAUAAUCAAUGCUUAUACUCUGUUUUCCACAAUGACAUAUGAUAAAGGGAACCAUUGUGGAGAAAUAUAUUCAUCUUAUAUUCAAAAAAAGGCAAAAGAAUUUGUAAAUAGCAGCAUUUAUAAACAAUCUUCAUCAAUGUCAUCAAUACAAGAAAAAAUUAGUGAGAUGGAAACUAAAAUACAUAAAAUAGAAAAAGAAAAAGAAAAUACUGAUCUUCAAUUAAGAUCCCUUAAAAUGAAAGAGGUGAAAGCUAAAGAAACAAAAAAGAAUCAUGUCUCUAAAUUACCACAACUUAAUAAUGAUGAAUUUGGACUUCUUUUAAGUCCUCCUUGUAAACUUGAUUUACCAAUCGAAGAGUUGAUUUCACCUGGAAACAACAAAGAAAACCUCCCAACCAAGUCUCAGAACGCUUUUAUAUUGUAUCGAAAAAAUAAUAGAAAAUCUCCUGCUAUAGCUAAAGUUGCUUGGGAUGAAGAAUCGGACAAAUUUUCUUCUCCUUGCACGAGCGAUGAUACAAAUCCAUCGUCUUCCACUUGUUCCAAUUUAUCCACUUCUUUAUCUCCACAUUUCGCUCCAUCUCAUUUUAAUAUUAAUUAUAACAAUUCACCUAUAUCUUCCUCUUCUUGCACGAACAAUAAUAAAAAUCUAUCAUCUUCCACUUGUUCCAAUUUAUCCACUUCUUUAUCUCCAUAUUCCACCCCAUAUCAUCCUAAAUUAAUACCUUUGUAUCAUCAUUAUUAA